UCUUUUGGAUGAAAUCCACGUUUAAUGGGUGCCGCGUAGUUACCGCGUGGUGACAUGAAUCGAGUGACAGUGUUAAUGCGGUGAUAUUUGUGUACCUAGGUUUGAUAAGUAAUCUAAUUUAUGGUCCAUUUUAAAUUUAUUUGAGCCCAAUGUCAUGAUGCUUGAAUCAAGUUAUUUAUAUUGGAAUGUACGGGAUUCCGAUCUUUUACAAGAUUUCAUUUCUCUGGGAGAAGAUGAGUGUGUUCUAGAUUGUGAAGACUAUGGCAGUAAUAUUGAAAGUGAAAGUACGAGGCUAUCAAGCUGUUCCACAACUCCAAAUCAUAUGAGUACGUGCUCUUCUGACUAUGAAGGACUAGCACUGGAUGAUCUAGAUAACAUCUUACCCAUAUCAGAUAAUUUUGUGUCUCAGAUUCUCGAAGACAACAAUGUAAUUGGUUUUUCUGAUUUCGAUUGGUGGUCGUUAACCGAUAAUCCAAAAAAGUGUCAGCCAUCUGGUACUGAUAAAAACACAGAUAUAAAUGUCACAAAAAGGAAGACGAAAUCCCUGGAAUAUUUAUCCUCUUCAAAAUUAUGGUCUAAAAUGUCAUCAGAGGAGCAGUUGCAAACAUUGCAUGCAUUAUCAGAAAUAGUCACUUGUCAUAUGGAUAUUAGAGAGCAGAUAGAAGUUAUAAAAAUUAUAGAUCCAUCUGCAGUCAUAUCACCAGAUGACAAGGAAUUUGCACUAGAUAGUUCUUUCUUAAACGAUGUUAAAUUAAAGAAAAUAAGAGAUUUCAUUAAGAAGCAGAAGCGUCCAUUAUUAAACUCAUUACAAAGCAUAGAAAGUUCCUCUUCAAAUCUAGGAAGUCCUAGGAAAGCAUCAACUACAAAAUUGUUGCCCACAAAAUCAAAUAGCUCAAAUUUGUCUAGAACAAAGAAGAAACAAAAGAAACAGAAAAUCACGUUUUCAGAUGAAGAUAAGCGGUUACAACGCAAGCGUAGAAGACAGGGUAAGAAAGAGGAACAGAGUGGACUUUUUGUUUAUGAAAAGAUGAUUAAGAAACUUAACAACCCAUCGGAAGAAGAUGAAGAUGUAAAUAUAUUAGAAUAAAAAAAGUGAAGGUGCUAGAUUUUCUUUAAAUUUGUUUCUCAUGAUUUCAGAUAAUAGCCGAAAAAAGUUUAUAUAAAUUUUUUGUUAAUUAUAUUUAUUAUUAUAAAAACUUAUUGGGGUUUUAAUAAUAAAUAUUCCAAUUUCUUUCUGAAUUUUUACGAUAGGAAAAAAGGGUAAGAUACAGAAUUCCCUUACUAUGCUUUUAUAUACAAGAACUCUUAUGGUAAAUAAGGGUACUAAUUUAUAAAAUUAAAGUAUCUCAGUUGUAUGCAGAUAGCUUUUUGAGUUAUAAAGUUGAUACUAUCAUAAUGAAAUAGCUUCCCCACCCCAGUAGCAAAACACUUGUAUCAUUACGGAAGCUUACAUAACUGUUCUCUUUUUAGCAAAACUAGUUUUGCCAAAUUUUAGCAUUUCAUACAUAUGAAAAUGCUUUAAGCCUUUCUUUGUAGUUAGAUAGUAAUCUUUGAAGCUUAUUUUUAAUGAUAUUUUAUUAGAGCACACUUUCAAAAGUUGCUUAUAUAAUAAUUACAGGAAUACUACUGUUUUAAUAUCAAUGAAUUCUAUUAUGUGAUGUUGAUGUGAGAAAAAUAUUUACUGAUCAAUUUGAAAGCCGAUGGCCCAGAAGGUCCUGUAUUAUCAAGAGAUGGGCUUAAGCACUAUUUCAAUUGAGGACAUGAGAAUUGCCACAGAAAAAGAUAAGUUAAUUUUGUGCAAAAGAUGGUAAUAUUUCUUGUGUAUCAAGUUUCAUCACAAUGAUUAGAAUUUCCCUAAUAGUUAAAAAUAGUAAUAAUAGUUGUGUAUAUAGAAUAUUGGAUUUAAUGAGAUUAAAUGAGAAUCACAUGUAUUUCUUUGGACAGUGUCAGUAUAAGAUUUUGUGUAAGUUCUUGACAAAAUUCUGUUUAAAACAACAUGCCAAACAAAUAAUUAUUUAGAAGUCAAACAACAAAAAUCAGCAUUAUAUUUGCAAAUUUUCCCAGGACUAGUUUCGAUGGUUUUUACUGAACCAUGAACCUGAGCUGCCAAAGCGUAAAUGAACGAGAUUAGAUAUAGUGAUAAAUAUAAUGCUGAUUUUUGUUGUUUGACAUCUAAAUUAGAAUUCUGGUGUUCAAGAUUUUUAUAUGAAAAUAUUUAAAUAAAAAAAAAAGUAAAUCUCUAAUAAAAAUGGUUUGUUAAAAAAAUUUCACUUUUUUUUUUUUUUUUUUUUUUUUAUGUGCAAGUCUUGUGUAUUUGAAAGUGUUUGGGGGAGACAGACAGCUAAAUUAAUGAUAAGACAUACUGAAAAAUUUUGUUUCUUUUGAGUGCAGUAGUGGAGCUGUACUGUUCUCAUUACUUGUUGGCAUUUCCUGGCAUAUAAAUAUCUUUUAUAUGGGGUUUGAAAUAAUAUGGUUGCCUUUGCCAUCUAACAUUUUCACAUACAAGUAAUGUGCCUUCUAUCUUUGCAAAGUCAUUGUAUAAGUCUGUUGUUUGUGUAGCAGUAUUUUGUAGUAUGUGGCUGUUAAACAAAUAUGCACUCAACCAAAGAACUACUGAAAGUAAUUGAUCUUUUAUAGUUGUAUUUCGAUGUAUUUGUUUGGCAAAGGUCUAAAAAUUAUCUGUCAUUACAUUCUGCAUGUGUUAUGUCAUACUUAGCUGCUAACUCUAUUGGUUGUACUGUGGGACUUGCAGGUUUUCAUCGCAUUUCCCAAUAGAAUGUGGAAUCUCCAAUUUUUUUUAUUUUUAGGUUUUACUAAGGAAAAUGUUUUCCAGCAAGAAAUAAAAUUUAUUGAAAGAAUGAUACUUAAAUUGUGUAAAUUCUAUUCUCCUGUGAUUUUCAAAAUAAUUUUUGUGAUUUAAAUUUUAUUUUAUCUGAACUAUAUUUUAAAUUACAUUUUACUGACCUUAUUAAAUUUCAUUUUAUCUGAGUUGUCUUAAUCUAAUGUGACCAUUUGUAGAUUUUUAGGUGAAGAUUCAACGAAUGUUUAACCACUUUGUGUUUAUUUUACUUCAUAAUAUGGUACAUUACGAAGUUUUUUCUGAUAAAUAUGAUGUACUUUAAUUAUUGAUUUAAUUUUCAUGUUUAAAAGUGCUUCAGUAAAUAAAAUCUUUUCUUUCCAUAUUUUGGAUUUCUCAGUAUAAAAGUGUAAGAAAAUUACAGAAUAAAAUCUGGUUUUUCAUGUAUCAAGGUUAGCAGCUAUGACAGUAUUUCCUUGUAUAUGUUUUUGCUAAAUGAAAGUUGGGGUUCUAACAAUAUGCAGAUUUUAAGAUAGGUUGUGCCUAAAGGAUAUACUACAAGUUACUUUAAUUAGCAGAAGCAUUUAAUGCUUUAAAAUUCCAUCAAAUUUUUCUGAGCUAGUAGCAUGCAAGUAGUCCUUUGAAGUAAAGACUAUAUAAUCCAUUCCUUUGUAUAUACUGUAUUUUUGCUAGGUAUAAUUGCUCUAAUGAUUUUCCAUUGUUAACUAUAAAUAAUCAAAGAAUGUCUAGGAAUUGAUCAAAAACCAUUAAAUGGCAUAAAUAACUUUCCUGUUACCUCUGUUUAAGUAUUAAUUUACUUAUUAUAACAGUGGUUUGCUGCAUUUGCAGCAUCUUACAUUAAAUCAUAAUUGAAACCCUCCAUAGCACUCUUUUGGAACCAAAAUGUAACCAUCCGUGGCAUUGUAAAUAAUGGUUUUUAUAAAGCUAGUUGUUUAUUGCUGGUAAAAUUAAUUUCUGUGCCUUUAUACAGUUUAAUAUUGUUGUACAUCCAGGUUGUUUGCAGUUACCAUCAAUUGUGUAUUCUUUGAAAGAUUUACUUGAGAUGUCCAGCGGAAGUUAAGCCUCCGAGAUUUGCAUGGGUAUAACCAUUUAUCAUUCUUGGACAGCCAUGAUUUCUGUGCUUUAGUAAAUAAAGUCUAAUAACAUUAGUCUAGUAUAUGCCUUGUCUAAUGCAUUUUCCAUGCAAAAAAUAUUUGGAUAUUAUUUUUUCUCAAAAAUUUGUAAUAGAAAUGAAGUUUAGGAAAUAUGUUCGAAAAUACAGUAUUUUAGAAAUUGUAUAAAAACCAAAGAAGAGCAUUAAAAAUGUGAGUGAAUGAUGUCCAUUGUUUGUAAUUAUUGGUAAUCCAGAAGUAGUGACUGCAACGAACAGUCUUUUCUCUUUGUAGUUUUGUAUGGCUGAUCAAGGUGGAUAUUUUUGUGCAAUUCCUAACCACAAAGUGUCUUCCAUUAUUUCAAAGCUUGCUGAAGUUUAGAGAUCAUAAAUAAUUGAAGUUUGCUGAACUUUAGAGAUCUAAUCUAUAUGUCAGUGAAUGAAUGUCAGCUACUGCAUAUUUUUUAUAAGAUUAAAAGUAUAAAUGUGCGAGAGGUGUGAGUAAUGUAUGUUAAUUGGUAUUUAAUUUUACAGUGUGAAGUAUAUUAUAUAUGUGUAUCAAUUUCAUUUGUAAGGAGCACACUAAAAGAAGCAAUUGAAGAAAAGUAGCAGCUGAAAGUUACUUGAUUUGUAUAUUCUGUUUAUUAUAUAUUGCUCUGAUAUUUUUGCUAAGUGUAAUUAAUGUUAGUUACGAAGGGUGGGAACCUAUAAAGUAUUUUUAAUUUCUGGAAAGUAAGCCUGAAAAAGUAACCACCUUUUUGUGGAUUUUAAAACAUGCAUGUUGCUAAUAGUAUAUUACGGUGGUUGUGAAAUUUAGUCUGAUGAUUCAUCAAACAGACUGAGAAUUCAGCAGCAGGGGACAUAAAGAUAUUGAUUUAUUUCAAAUAUUGGAAACUUACAUGUUUGAAAUGUGUUCGCUUUUCCUCUAAAAAUCGGUAAUAAUUAUGAAAUUGUAUUUUAAGCAAGUUUUAUUGUAAACUUUCUAAUGUAUUUAUUUUUAGUAAUCUUUGGCAGAAUUUCAAUUUGAUUGUACUUAUUAAAACUGUUGGCUCAAGUUCCACUUCUGUGUCAAAUUUGGAUAAUUCAGCAUUAUUACUUUAUGAGAUACUUUCAAAUCCAAGAUUUCUUACCUCGUGUAACACCUCCCCCCCCCUGUUCAACGCAGAGCACUCUGUGUUGUACUGGCUAGAAUCUCUACCUAGGCAGUCUUGGUGACGGGGGUAUAUAAUUUACGAACUUGGUGGUUCCCAUGGUCCGUGGGGUGGAUCCUAUAUUAACUCGUCAUCGGCCGGGAAGUGUAAGUUCUCAUCCACCAGGGUAUUGGUAGCCAAAUAGCAUCUGAGCCUCUGAGUGUCCAGUCACUGCUGUCCUUGGUAUUUCAUGUAAAGCCUAAGGAGAGGAGCAUCCCAUAUAGUGCUGGCAGGUAGCCAAAUAAUGGGCAGUCAUCGAUCCUCAUUCACAAUGCCCACCCCACCGUGGUCUCUGACCUCUGGGACAGUGGUUCUGGCAGGUUUAGUUUAGUGGUGGGUUUGUUAAAGUGAGCCUAAAAUAGUUGCUGUCCCGCAGAUGUGGGACUCUGGGUCCAGCUGGAAUGUCAUACCAUCUUCGGUGGCUAUUGCUGGUUCGCCAGUUCCUGUAAUGUCAUUCAGUUGACGAGGCAGGUAUGUGUUCUGUUGCCUGUUACCUCAUGUAAAAAGAACAUACGUAAUAUCCCAUCGAUCACUAAGUAGCAUGAUUUAGCACCAAUUGGAUGACAGUGUCCUUUAGAAUUUCCCAGUAACAACUGGUGAUUGUUAUCGAAAUUUCCGUGUGCAUUCGAUGCGAUAAUAUGUAAGUACCAAGAGGAUAAUUUAUUUUUGAAAUCUAGCGGUUUUAUUUUGCCCAACUAUGUAUUACAGGAAUGAAAUGUGCCUUUGUCAUUUAUAUAUAUAUAUAUAUAUAAAGCUAUGUAUGGAUUCUGUUAAAAUGCAUUCAUUAAAAUAUCUGAAACUAAAAUGAAGUAAAUAAAUUAUGCUUUUCAAGUUUGAUUUGGUGUAGAAUCAUUAUUCGAAAUGUCAUUUUUUUUAAAGUUCAAACUGUAACCAACAAAUUACCUUCACUUAUAUUUGUAUUUCAUUAAAAAAAAACAUUAUAGAAUUUUAUGUGAUAUUAAAAUGCAUGGCAUAAAAGAUGAAGUGUGAAUAUAGUAAAUUAUCUGCUUAUGGUCAAACAGAUAGUAGAUUAUGAAGGGAGUUUUAUGAAUUCUUUCUGUAAAACAUUUUAUAAGCUAUGUUGAAUUUAUGCAAGUGGAGUAAAAUUUGAAUUAAUGGAAAGAAGCAUGAAUGUAUCCUCUAGAGUGUAACUGUAUUUUCUAUUUUUCAUAAAUGUUAUUUAAAAAGAACUUUAUUCAUUGAAUGCAUUUUUCAAAGUAUUUUUGUCAACUGUAGAGAAAGUUAUUUUCUGUAACAUUUAGAAUGUGAUUAGCUGAUUUUUUUUAUGGAGGUCAUUAAUUAUGUUCAAGUGUAGUACAUUAAAUAAAUGUUUAAGUAUGAUGAGGAAGAGGCAUAUAACUUUCUUGUUCUUAAGAAAAUCUAAAAAUUCAUGCAUUAAUAUCCAAGAAAGACUGAUGUUUAGGCAACUGGAAACGAGAAUUCUUAUUUUUAGUUUAUAGGAUUAGCAGUCAGGAAUGUAUUAAAAUUCCAUAGGUACUUUGUAACUUUGAGAAGAGUUAAAUUUACAAUUAGCAAUAUAAGUUUGCAUUAUAAGUUUUAACUAUGAUUAAAUAACUAUGAUUCUAACUUAUGUAUGAAUUCAGGUUCAUGGAGUUUGUAUUAAGGCUCUUGGUACUAAAAUUUCCUAACACAUCUUGUCUUAAUUUUUUAAACAUCUACAUAUAUUUAUCAUUUUGUUACUGAUUUUCUAAUUAAUAAGCUGUUGAUAAUCAUAUAUUUGCUCAUCAAAGUAAUAUGUAGUAUUAUAAUCCAUCUUUAGUGAAAAGUUAUUAGGUGUUUUGAGGCAGAUGUGUUUUAACUACUGAAUUUUUUAAAUUGUGUGGUCCACACAAAUGUCAGGUAGCCCUGGAAUGCUUUACCAGUAACAAAUGAAGUUACCAAAACUAAAUACUUAAUAUUCUUGUGAGAGAAAAAUGAGAUUUGGGUUAGAAAUACAAGCUUUUGGAUCUAAUUUUGCUUUAAUUUUUUUUUUUUUAGCAUUCUUUUUAUCAUUUCAUGGAUUGCUUACUUCAUUAGAACUUAUCUUCUGUGGCAGAUAUUCAGGUCAACAGUAACUAGGAUUGCUCUAAAAUACAUGCUAUAUAAAAGUGUAUCUUAAUUUGUGGGGUAGGUCAGGGAUCAUUGGAAUAAAAAUAAAAAUAUUAGUUGAAGACCUCAAAACCUGCAUUAGAUUACUGUUUUAACAGUGGAAAAUUAUUCUGUAUAGCUAUUUUUAUGUUCAAGAGAGUCUCUUAUAUUUAGUGUGUGAAUUAAAAAUCACAUAUUUAAUAUUACAUCUGCAUAUCAAAUUGUUAAGUUUCAUUAUUGACUAGUUCAGUGAAUGAUUUUUAUUUAAAGUAAUGGUAUGUGUAGAUAGAUGUUGUAAAUUUGAUUUUUUAUUUUUGUGUAAAUUUGAUAAAUAAAAGCUUUUUGACUUUUGUA